GCGCGCUCCAAGAUGGCGGCGGCGGCGGCGGGGCCCGAGUCCGGCGGCAGCAGCGGCAGCAGCGGCGGCCUCGGCGGAUCCAACACAUUCAAAAAGUCCCUGACUCCCGAGAUGCCGGGAGGAUCCCAGACCAUCCGGAAAGGCCACAGAGGAGUGGAUUCCACAGGGGAAACCACCUACAAAAAGACGACGUCGUCGGCGCUGAAGGGCGCCAUCCAGCUGGGCAUCACGCACACCGUGGGCAGCCUGAGCACCAAGCCCGAGCGCGACGUGCUCAUGCAGGACUUCUACGUCGUGGAGAGCAUCUUCUUCCCCAGCGAGGGCAGCAACCUGACGCCCGCCCACCACUACAACGAUUUCCGCUUCAAGACCUACGCGCCCGUGGCCUUCCGCUACUUCCGGGAGCUCUUCGGCAUCCGCCCCGACGACUACCUGGUGCUGCAGAGUUUCAAGAUCAUGGAUUACAGCCUGCUGGUGGCCAAUCCUGUCAGGGACCCCCGUGCUGCAGAGUUUCAAGAUCAUGGAUCACAGCCCUCUCAGAGACCCCCAUUUCCCAUCCCCAGGUGCUGCAGAGUUUCAAGAUCAUGGAUUACAGCCCUCUCAGGGACCCCCAUUUCCCAUCCCCAGGUGCUGCAGAGUUUCAAGAUCAUGGAUUACAGCCUGCUGGUGGCCGUGCACAGCCUGGACCAGGCGCAGCGCGAGCGCGCGGCCGCCGGAGCCCCCCGGGACGGGGACGGGGAGCGGGACCCCGCGGGCGGCGGCGGCGCAGAGAGCGCUCUAUAUUCCACGGCCAUGGAGUCCAUCCAGGGCGAGGCGCGGCGGGGCGGCACCAUGGAGACCGACGAUCAGAUGGGCGGAAUUCCCGCCCGGAAUUCCCGGGGGGAGCGGCUGCUGCUCUACAUCGGCAUCAUCGACGUCCUGCAGUCCUACAGGUUCGUGAAGAAGCUCGAGCACUCCUGGAAGGCCCUGGUGCACGACGGGGACACGGUGUCCGUGCACCGGCCCAGCUUCUACGCCGAGCGCUUCCAACGCUUCAUGUGCCACACGGUGUUCCACAGGAUCCCACUGAAGCCGUCCCCGUCCAAGAAGAGCCGCGGCGGCGCCGCCGUGCCCAGGAGGAGCUGCCAGGGGGGGACCCCCAACCCCAACCUGACCCCGAACCCCAACCCCAACCCGGCCGGGGGCGACGCCAGAGCCCCCCCAGGCCCCGACACCGACCCCGAGCAAGGCUCCCGGCCGGACCUGCUGCCGCGCUCGGUUCCGGGCACCGCCGGGGCCGCGCUGGCUCCGUCCCCGUCCCCGUCCCCGUCGCCGUCCCUGUCCAGCCCCUCCCUGGGCAGCGCCGGAGCCACCUCCCCCCCCAGCAGGGCCGUGGGGGUUGAGGUGCACCCGGGCCCCGCUGCAGCUCCCGCAGCCUCCCUGCCCAGCGGAUCCCCCGGGCCCUCCCUGCCCCUGGAGCUGGAGGAGCUGCCGGAGACCGAGAUCAGCUUUUGAACGGGCGCCGGCGGAAUCCCAGCCAAGCCUCGGAAUUCCGGAAUUCCUGCUUUUCCCAGCGCUCCUGGAAAAUCGGGAAUGGCCCGGAAAAACCAGGAAUGUCCCUGGAAAAUUGGGAACGUCCCAAAAAAAAAUCGGGAACGUCCCGAAAAAAAUUUGGAACGGCCCGAAAAAAACUGGGAAUGUCCCAAAAAAAAUUGGGAAUGGCCCAAAAAAAACUGGGAAUGUCCCGGAAAAAAUCGGGAAUGGCCCUGGAAAAUCGGGAAUGGCCCGAAAAAAACCGGGAAUGUCGGGAUCCCCCCCGGAAGUCCCGGGGAUGGAAACCCCGGGAGCAGGGAGCUGAAAUUCCCAGGAAUUCCCGGAUUUUGGAAUGGGAAAAAGGGGGAGAAUUCCUGGAAAAUUCCCGGCUGGAAUCGGAGCCGCGCCGAUUUUUUUGAGGGGGGAAUUUUUUUGGAUUUUUUGGAUUUUUAUCCUGAUUUUUUUUUUUUUUUUUUGGUUGGAAUUUCCAUGGGAUCCCAUCCCGGUUUUCAGUCCUGGGGGAGUUCUUGGGAUUGUUAAUUAGGAAUUAUUAAUGAUUAAUUUUUAUUCAGGAAUUCGGGGUUUGCUCCGGGUUUUCCAUGGGAAAUCCCCUGGAAAAGAGGGAAAAAGGAGGAGAAAUCAUGGAAAAGCUCCUGGAUCCCCUUUUCCCAGCAGGAAUUUUGGGAAGCUUUUCCCACAGUCUGGGAAGAGGUUUUGGGAUUUUUGGGGGAUUUUGGGGAUUUUUUGGGGAAUUUUCGGGAUUUUUUGGGGAUUUUUUUUUAGGAUUUUUUGGGAUUUUGUGAAUCCGAGCCCAUCCCGGGAUUUCCCCCCGGAUUUUUUAAGGAUUUCCCUCCAAAAUCCCGGCUCAGAUCCCACUUUUCCAAUCCCCAAAUCCCAUUUUUUAACAUCUCCGGCAAUCCCACAAAAUUCCCGGAGCAGAUUUUGGGAUGGGAUAAAAAAAAAAACCCCAAACAAAUCCAGAAUGAGGAAUUUCCCACCUGGAUCCCAAAAUCCCCAAAAUUCCCAAAUUCCCGGAGCAGCUCCCGGGGCUGGAGCUGAUUUUUUGCUCCAUCCCUGAAUUUUUUUUUAUGGAAAAAUCUCCUUUUCCCCCAAAGUCCCGCUUGGAAAAAUCCCGUUUUUUAUACAAACCCUGGAAUUUCGAGCUUUUUGUGCCGAAAAACCCCCGGAAUGUGGAGCAGGGAGGGAAUUCCAUCCCUGCCUCUCCCCACUCCCCCUUUUCCCACGUUUUUUAAGGAAAAGCUGAAUUUUCCCGCCCCCAGAUCCCGGAUUUCCCUUGGAACGGCCUUAGCCCAGCACAGGGAAUUUGGGGACAAUUCCGUGCAUUCCCCUUUUUCCUUGGAAUGUUUGUCUAUAUUAGACAAAGUCCCUCCCAUUUUUUAUUGCAUCAGGAGGGGAAAUUUCCCCAUUUUUUUCCUAAUUUUCCCCAUAUUUUUUCCCUUUUUUUCCCAAUUUUUUUCCCAAUUUUCCCUAAUUUUUCCCCAUUUUUCCCCCAAUUUUUUCCUCAAUUUUCCCAAUUUUUUCCCCAUUUUUUCCCCAAUUUUUUCCCCAAUUUUUCCCAUUUUUUUUCCCAAUUUUCCUCCCCCUUCCCAGAACGGAAUAUUUAUGAGUAUUUAAAUAUUUUUGGGAUGAUUCCCCUUUUUCCUGGGAAUUCUCCCCAUCCAGAGGCUGGGGUUGGAAUUUUUGGGGAUUAUUUUUUUUUUUGUUGGGUGUUUAUUUUUUUGGGGGGAAUUUUUCUCUUCCCAAAGGGGGAAAUUUGGGAAUUGUGGGGGGAAUUUUGCAGGAGGAAAAGAGGAUUUGGGAAUGGGAGCGGAAUCCUCCUGGGAUUUGGGGCGGAAUUCCUGGAAUUCUCCUGGAAUUGGAAUGGAAACGUCCCCGGAUCGAGGGGGAAUCUGCGGAAUUUUCAUGGAAUUUUCAUGGACUUGGAACGGAAUCCUCCUGGAUUUGGGACAGAACCAGUGGAAUUCCCGCGGAUUUGGGAAAUGGAAUUUUCCCGGAUUGUGGAAUGGAUUUCGUGGAAUUUUCCUGGCUUUGGGACAGAUUUAAUGGAAAUUCUCCUGGAUUUGGGACAGAAUCCAUGGAAAUUCUCCUGGAUUUGGGAAAUGGAAUUUUCCUGGACUGUGGAAUGGAUUUCAUGGAAUUCUCCUGGAUUUGGGGUGGAAUCCAUGGAAAUUCUCCUGGAUUUGGGGUGGAAUCCAUGGAAUUCCCUUGGAUGUGGGACAGACUUUUCCUGGGUUUGGGAAAUGGAAUUUUCCUGGAUUUGGGACAGAGUUAAUGGAAAUUCUCCUGGAUUUGGCAGUGGAUUUCGUGGACUUUUCCUGGGUUUGGGGACGGAAUCCGCAGAAUUCCCCUGGAAUUUUCCGGGGUUUUUCCCCCCAGAGUUCCCCCGGAUUCGGGAAUUUGGAUUUCGUGGAAUUUCCCCGGAAUUUCCCCCGGGUUCGGGGAUGGAAAUUUCCUGGAUUUGGGAAUGGAGUUCCUGGAACUGC